UCCUGGGCCAAGGGGCAGAGGAAAGCCUGCUUAGGCGGCAGAGCCUCCAGGAUGACUGAACUGGAUCUGAUGGCCCCAGGGCCAUUGCCUGGCGUCACUGCUCACCCUCUGGCCCCUCUCAGCUCAGAUUCUGGGUCUGUCAGCCCCACAGAAGAAGAGGAUUUGGGCUCCCCGGGGAGAGCUGUGGAGGAGACAGAGGGAGAGGGCAGCUCCUCUGCAGAGUCAGGGGCACCCGGUGAAGAUGGGGAGGAGGACAUACUGUGUGACUUCUGCCUUGGAACCAGCAAGGUGAAGGCAGUGAAAUCCUGUCUCACCUGCAUGGUGAAUUACUGUGAGGAGCACCUGCGUCCUCAUCAGGAGAACAGUAAGCUGCACAGCCACCAGCUGACUGAGCCAUCAAAGGACCGAGACCUACCCACCUGCUCUGCCCACCACAGCCCUCUGGUUGCUUUCUGCUGCAGUGACCAGCAGUGCAUUUGCCAGGAAUGUGGCCAGGAUGAACACAAGGACCACACUGCAGUCUCCCUGGAUGCUGCCCGCAGAGACAAGGAGGCUGAACUUCGGUCCACCCAGUUAGACUUGGAGCAGAAACUCAAGUUGAAUGAAAAUGCCAUUGCCAGGCUUCAAGCCAAUCACAAGUCCGUUUUGGUGUCAGUGUCGGAGGUGAAGGUGGUAGCUGAAGAGCAGUUUGGGGAACUGCUUGCUGCUGUGAGGAAGGCCCAGGCAGAUGUGAUGCUCUUCUUGGAGGAGAAAGAGCAAGCUGCUCUGAACCAGGCUAAUGGCAUCAAGACCCACCUGGAGUACAGGAGUGUAGAGAUGGAGAAAAGCAAGCAGGAGCUGGAGAGGUUGGCGGCCAUCAGCAACACCGUCCUCUUUUUGGAGGAGUACUGCAAGUUCAAGAACACGGAAGACACUGCUUUCCCUAGUGUUUACAUAGGGCUGAAGGAUAAACUGUCAGGCAUCCGCAAGGUCAUCACAGACUCCACCCUACACUUAAUCCAGCUGUUGGAGAACUACAAGGAAAAACUCCAGGAGUUCUCCAAAGAAGAGGAGUAUGACAUCAAAACUCAAGUUUCUGCCAUCGUUCAGCGCAAGUAUCGGACCUCAAAACCUGAGCCUAAAACCAGGAAAGAGUUCCUUCAAUAUGCUCACGAUAUCACAUUUGACCCGGACACAGCACAUAGGUAUCUCCGACUGCAAGAGGACAACCGCAAAGUCACCAACACCACACCCUGGGAACAUCCCUACCCAGACCUCCCCAGCAGAUUCCUGCACUGGAGGCAGGUGCUGUCCCAACAGAGUCUGUACCUGCACAGGUACUAUUUUGAGAUAGAGAUCUCCGGGGCAGGCACUUACUUUGGCCUGACCUGCAAAGGAAUUGACCGGAAAGGGGAGGAACGCAACAGUUGCAUUUCUGGAAACAACUUCUCCUGGAGCCUCCAUUGGAACGGGAAGGAGUUCACAGCCUGGCACAGUGACACAGAGACCCCACUCAAAGCUGGCCCUUUCCGGAGGCUUGGGAUCUAUGUCAACUUCCCCGGAGGGACCCUUUCCUUCUAUGGUGUAGAAUAUGAUUGCAUGACGCUGGUUCACAAGUUUGACUGCAAAUUUUCAGAGCCAGUCUAUGCGGCCUUCUGGCUUUCCAAGAAAGAAAAUGCCAUCCGGAUUGUGGAUCUGGGAGAGGAACCUGAGAAGCCAGCGCUGUCCUCAGUGGAGCCUGCUUCUUAGGUUCCAGGAUCCAUAUCCCAGGCCUUUGCUAAAACUAUGAUGGGACAGCAACUUGCAUUGUAAGGGCGACUUGGGGGACAGGAAUAUCUGCCAGUGGUAGCUGGUUUUAGAAAUCACGUAGGUCUGAGAAUGAGAAGUUUGUCCAGCUGUUCUCUUUGCUGCAUGUAGCGUUCUCUAUAUGUUUGCAAUAUUCUAAAGUGCUAAAGUCUCAGGUGAACAUCACACUUUGCCCAGAAUUGUAACCAGGACUCUUUAGAGUACUAAAAUGGUUGUAGAGGAAUCAUAAUAAACUGCAAACUUUGUCAUGUA